GACAACCUGGGAGGAAGAAGGGAGCAGAGCUCCUGCCCACCACGGGACACUCCAGGGGGUGGACAAUCCCUGGAACACACGGAACCAAUGCCAGCAGCCCUCGCGGACGCUGCGGAGCCGAGGGAGAUCCCCGGGAGGAGACAGGACCCGGCUGACCCGGGUGGUGCGGCGGGACCUGCCGGCCCCGGGGAGCCCAUCCCGGCCCCAUCCUCGGAGCCCAUCCCGGCCCCAUCCUCGGAGCCCAUCCCGGUCCCAUCCCAGGAGCCCGUCCCGGCCCCCCGCUCGGAGCCCGUCCCCGGCAGGGUCGCUCAGCCGGAGGGGAAGGUUCCCAGCCCCAGCGAGUCCCAGCCGUGGCCAGAAGCUCCCGAGGAGUGCCCAGCCCGGCCCAGCACCCUGGACUUGAGCCGCUCCCUGAAGAGGCUGGAGGAGGGGAAGCAGGCGGGGCAGUGGCGGGGCAGGGACCGGGCAGCGGUCCGGGAGAACGGCCUGGAGGCCACCACGGCCACCACCGGCACCGCCACCGGCACGGCCACCAGCACGGCCACCAGCACCGCCACCAGCACGGCCACCAGCACGGCCACCGGCACGGCCACCGGCACGGCCACCGCCACCGGCACGGCCAGCAGCGAGGAGCGCCGGGCCCUGCAGUCCGAGCUGGGCAAGUGCAUCGAGGAGUUCCGCAGGAUCAGGAUCCCGGCCGCCUUUCCCAACAAAAAGCGGCAGUGGCAGAGCGAGCUGCUGAGGAAGUACCAGCUCUGAGAGCAGCGCCCGGCUCCCGCUGCAGGGAGUGAUCUCUCCAGGCUGGUGGGGGCUGUUCCAGCAGCGGCACGGCUCCUCCACGCUCCCAAAACGAGGAGCAGAGGCGGCCCGUGAAGCCCAUCCAGAUGUUGAAAGGGUCACAAGCCUGUCCCCACCACGACCAUGGAGGGGAUGCUCCACGGUCUCAGGGGCACAGGCACAGCUGGAGGGGGUAGGACAAGGAAGGAUGUCCAGGGUGGUGUUCAGCACCAGCAGAAAUUCCCACGUUUCUGAGACUGAGUUUCCCUGGCAUUUCAAACAAUAAAAUCG